CCGGCCUUCGGGAGGGAUGUAAACAUUAACAGUGUCGUCUGCGAGGUGGUUAGAGGCUGGACGACUUGGUGCCUCCUUCACUUGACUGUUACUGUCGUUUUUCGUGUGUUCAUGAUGGGGAUGCAUCGGAUUUUGCAAGGUGUGAUGAGAUACAGACAGACGUACAGAGAAGGCAUGGUGAAACAGUUUGAGGUGGUGCGAGAUGAUCCACACCCCCAAGCAGUUUUCUUCACCUGCAUGGACAGUCGGAUGCUUCCAACAAGGUUCACCCAAACUAACGUAGGCGAUAUGUUUAUUGUACGUAAUGCUGGGAACUUGGUGCCUCAUGCCAAUCUUUGUGGUCAUGAGGAGAUCACAACAGAACCUGCCGCCCUGGAGCUGGGCUGCGUCAUCAAUGGCAUCAAGCAUGUCAUUGUCUGUGGCCACUCCGACUGCAAGGCAAUGAACAUGCUACACAUGAUGCGCAACAGUGAUCGCACACUUCACGAAAUGCUGAAGCUCUCCCCUCUGAAAGCUUGGCUUAUGCGCCAUGGGCACUCUUCUGUAGGAAAGUUUGCACAGUUAGAAUUGGCAAAUUUCCAAGCUCCCCUGGUAUUUCAGGCAGAGACCCCAAUGCGGCGAUUUAUUGCAUACAUUGACCCAGACAACAAGUUUACUGAGGAAGACAAGCUGUCUCAGGUGAACACACUUCAGCAGCUACAGAACAUAGCCAGCUACAACUUCAUGCGUGAGGGAUUGUCACGUGGCCGAGUGUACAUUCACGCUUUAUGGUUUGAUAUUUAUACGGGAGACAUUUAUUAUUUUAGCCGUCAACAGAAAAUGUUUGUUGAUGUGAAUGAAAACAAUAUGGAGAAACUAGAAGAGGAAGUACUUAGGUAUUACACCUAAUAUUUUGUACUGUAUAUACAUAUACUUUAUAAACAGUGAAAUCCUUCGGAUCUGAAAUACUUUGGGACUAAGGGAUUCUGUUGGGGUGAAUACUGAUAAUCUAUUGAAAAUAGGCUCCUUAAUGUAAACCAACCACACAAAUGUCUAUGUAUUCUUCAUACAGUUAACAGUAUCAUAAAUACCUGUACAGGAGGUACCCUGACUUGCGAACGGGGUUAAACUUGAAUAUGAACAGCCGCCGAUACGAAUGGGGUUAAACUUUAAAUUUACAGUACAGUCGGCCCUGAACAUACGCGGGGGUUACGUAACAGAGAUACCCGUGGAUGUUAAAAAUCCGCGUAUAU